ACAACCGGUUCAAGUUUGUAGAUUUUAUUGUAUUUGAUCAAUAAACCAACAAAGUUUCUCCAAAAUGAGUUCCCAGAUUACCUGUGUCGGCUGGGUGGGUAGAGGCGUUGCCAAGGAAACCCCGGACAAAGUUGAGUUGAGCCAAGAGGAGUUGCAGCGCAUCAUUACUGAAGCAAAAGAGGACCUGGGGGAGCUAGCAGCCGAGGAUGAAGAAGACGAUGAUGAAGGCAUCGCUUGUGAAGAGAAUCCCGACACUAAUACAGCGGACGUUGCUGGAGCUCCAAAAGCAGAGAAUGAAGAUGGAAAUGAGGAGGAGGAUGAGCUUGCAGAGUACGGCCUGGAUAAAUAUGAUGAAGAGGAUAUAGCGACGGCGAGUCUCGGAGACAGUCUGGCUGGGCUCACAGUGUUCAGCUCUAAUGAGGAGGAUCCUUACGUAACUCUCAAAGACACGGACCAAUAUGAGCGAGACGACUUCCAAAUCAAGCCCAGUGACAAUCUCAUCCUGGCAGGCAGAGCAGAGAAGGACUGCUGCAACUUGGAGAUCCACGUUUAUAACUCCGAGGAGGACUCUCUGUAUGUCCAUCAUGAUAUUCUGCUGCCAGCUUACCCGCUGUGUAUAGAGUGGCUGAACUUUGACCCCAGUCCCGGAGAAGGACCCGGGAACUACGCCGCUGUGGGCAACAUGACUCCUCAGAUCGAUGUGUGGGACCUGGAUGUCGUGGACUGCUUAGAGCCGGCCUUCUCCCUAGGCAGCAAAAAGGCCUCAAAGAAGAAAAAGAAGAGCAAGAAGGGGGCAGCAGCAGCAGAGCCUGUUGAGGGACACACAGACGCAGUACUGGAUUUAUCCUGGAACAAACUCGUCAGAAAUGUGUUGGCCAGUGGAUCAGCAGAUGAAACCGUUAUUUUGUGGGAUCUGAGUCAAGGCAAACCAGCCACAACUCUGCGCAGGCACACUGACAAGGUUCAGACGUUAACGUUCCACCCCUUUGAAGCGCAGACUCUGAUAUCAGGAUCAUACGAUAAGACAGCUGUCCUCUAUGACUGCCGUAGUCCAGACAACAGCAAUCGGACCUGGAGGUUUAGUGGUCAAGUGGAGCGUCUGACGUGGAACCACUUUUCACCGUGCAACUUCCUGGCCAGCACAGAGGACGGAUUUAUCUACUGUCUGGAUGCUCGCUCGGAUAAACCUGUUUUCACACUGAGGGCUCACGACGGAGAGGUUUCGGGUUUGGACCUCAGCAGCCAGAUUAAAGGAUGCCUGGUGACCUCAUCAGCCGACAAACAUGUUAAGAUUUGGGACAUUUUGGGCAACAAGCCCAACCUGGUGCACUCACGGGAUAUGAAAAUGGGUGUUCUGUUUUGCGCGUCAUGUUGCCCGGAUCUGCCUUUUGUCUACGCCUUUGGGGGACAGAGGGAUGGCUUGCGUGUUUGGGAUAUAAGUGAUGUUGCAGCAGUGGCUGAGGUGUUUGGCAGUCGAGAGCGCUUGGUGGCGAACAUGGGAUCACAGGCAUCCAGCGCUGCAGCUACAGCAGAGAUGGAAGUCUCCUAGUCACGCUGAGGAUGAACAACUUGUAAACAUGAAUAAACUGAGCAUCCCUGGAAAGACAUCAAGCCUUGGCACUUGUUGCUGUUUUCCUCGUAGUGCAGUAGUUCAUGGGGAAAAGGAUUGCAAUAAUAGAAGCUGCGUUCUUGAAGGAUUUCAAAUGAUGGCCAGGGUGCAAACUGGACCAGAAAACACCUGAAAAACUCGUUCAGCUUGUCUCUGCUCUCUGCAGAGUUAACAAUACACUCAAAGAUCCACGAGGAAAAGACAAAAAAAUGUUUGUAAUACUAGUGAAUAUUUCCAUCAAUUUAUUUUGGAUUGUUAGGUGGAAGCAGUGAUAUUUGAAUGACUGUUUUUAUAUCACUUUGAGAUCUCAUUCAGUUUGCAUUUCUUUGUACAUUUACAAAUGUAAUAUGCUUCUAAAACUAUUUUCACAUGAAAAUUUAAAAUGGUCAUCUUGCAAUACCUGGGUUUCCUGGUAAUAAUGAUUUGUAAAAAAUGAAAUAUGAAAAGAAGCCUGUCCAUUCACAUCUGGCCAAAGUAUUGAAAAAAAUGCUGCAUAUGCAAUAAAUAAAUAAAUACAGUUUA